CUCCUUAGAGUAGAAUCUUCGUCGAUAGCACCUAAUCGAGGUCUAUACCAAUGCGAUGCAACCCAGGUCGUGACAGGCGCUGCGGGUGUAUCCGCCCUUGGUCACAAGGCCGCGAGCUUUGAGAAGAUGGCGAAGCAGCGACGCGACACCACGGCUGAUAUGCCAAGAUGGAGACAAUUGUUGAAGAAAAGCCGAGAAGAAGGAAGGAAAUACGAAGAGGUAUAACACACCAUCUACAAUAGCAACUGUGCCGCUUUCGGCUUAGGCAUAACUGUGGCGCUCAAUGCCACAGCCGAAACAGUCGCACAACCUGAGGCACGGCCGGCGGUGAUACCUCAAUUGCGUCAGUGAUUCUAGCAUUGGUAAAACAGGAUAUCGGCUCUUUGAUGUUCCGAAAUGUCAUUGACCCGGCUUUAAUUUAUUCCCCCUCUCGUCGCGCCUUGUUGGCAGGGAUCAUGCUCAUUUCCUUCCAGUAUUCUCAUAUUCUCAUGGACGACGGGAAUGCAAAACACACUCAUUUCCGAGCCCAAUGUGGCAUUUGUGGUCUAGAGUUGUUUGCCGGUGUGAGCUUUGUGCCUUUGAUAUGCUGCGAAUCGGUUCUUUGCUUGGAUAAUGCAAUUUUCCCCGAGAAUGGCAACAAAGAUCUUACCCUUGAUGGCAAUUUAUUAUGUUGGUCCCCAAGCUGUCGGCGAUGCGGCCUUUCGCCCGAGGCAGUAGCCAUACAUUCCGACUGUUUCAAAAUGUUCAAGAAGGAGUGCACGACUAAGGAUGCUCUUAACCGGCUAUGGACGGCGGUGGUAUCGCGAAGCCCUUGGCGAGGAGCCCCAAAUUUCCAACUCGAUCGUGACACAAACCUCGCAAUAGACCUGGUUUGUGAAAUGGCAGAGAAAUAUGGCAUCCCCAGUUUGCGAUUGCUUCCGCCGGAGCUCAUUCGGAUGAUACAAGACUAUUCCCAGUCUGGAACGUUUUGGCGCUAUAUUUCCGUUACGAGCUUUAGUAGAGAGCUUUCGGUAGCAUCCGUAAAUCCAAUUUCAAUCCUUCUAUGCAACAUUUCAACGUGGGUACGGGGAAGAGAACCAACUCUCCUGGAAUCACCAGGACACCCAUCGAUUAUACGUCUGACCAUGGAUUCCCGAGGCAUCAGGGAGAUCGAAAGACUAUCACACAGACCACCGUAUCAACAUUGGCGUUCGGAUAACAUGGCGUUUGCUAUCCAGGAAGAAAGCCAUCUCGGAAAUAUCACUACACAAUACAAGGUCGUUCCGCUCUCAAAGACUAUGGUACCUAGGUCUAAUGCCGUACAGUAUAGUGUCUUGCGCCUCGAACUGCCUGAAAAUUUCCGAGGGUUCCAUAUCUGGGAUAUGCCCAACCCUCCCCGUUUGGAAGACUGCAGAUUCUGUGGGCAUAUACCUCAAUCUACACGAUUUCGAACCAUUGAUCUGCGUGGCGCUACCGGUCUCACCUUCUUCUUUUCGUUUAGCAAGGUUUAUGCGAUCCACGCCCACACACCGAAAAUGCCGCAUGCGAAGAGAGAGUUUGAGCGCCUCACUAAGCGCCGUCAAGCAGAUAUGGCUUGGGUAUAUCUCCCCAUACCCAAAGGUGAUGACAUCACUGCUCUUGGCGUGCGGGUGAGACAUUCGGAAGGGAGGUUCAUAACACAGAAGCCUUGCUUUCUGGUCCGCACUAAAUUAGCUGGUGAUGUCUCUAUCGGUCCCUGUCGCCGAGGGAAAUAUAAAGAUAUCAUUCUCAGUCAAUUGAACCCAAGCCUGUUCAUAUACAAUACUGCUGAUCUUGGCCCGGCCACCAUUUUCGGGACAUAUUCUUUGGAGCAACGUAACGACAUAUCUUUCUUACCAUUCCAUCACCGUUCGUCUGAUGACGCUUCCAUCCACCACGCGAAUUUCUCGUCAGCCCCAUUAAAUAAUGUCACUCGUAUUCAGGUUUUCGAGGACGAAGAACUUGGUUUCUGCAGAGCCAUGUUGUUCGACUACGAGAAUGGGGCUCGGCGUGCGGUGGGAAAUUGCCGACUAGGUGUCGAUCCUGCGAAAACGUACCUGAAUCCUUCGCGCAUAUGCUACUGUUCUACUCAGUAUUUAUCACAGCACUCAAGUGUGGUACGUCAGAUGAUCCGAGUUGAGAGCGGGUCUGAAUCUACGCAUCGUCACCAAAUACAUACCUGGGUUUGUUCGGCAAUGGAAGGUAACUUGGAAUUCUGGUUUUCAGGAGAAGAGUCCAUCAUCACGAUCGUGCUAGAGACAGAGGAUAAAUCCGAUUAGCGCAGUUUAAUAUCAUGGAAAAGUACCAUGCUUUCCCACUGACAUAUGUUAUAAGCAACUUUGCAUCUGUUUCGGGAAAGAAGUGAGUCCUCCGCGAUAGCGGAAGACAGGACCAUGUUAAUAGCCGGACUUCGAAGGUUCGAGUUCACAUGGCAUCCGAGUUUAGUCUCUAGACUGCCGCUAGAUUUAGUGGGAAGUUGUGACCUCAGGUGUGGAGGAGUACGAUGUUACACGCAAAGGUGGUCAAAGAUUUGUGAGGUUGUAAAAGCAUGACAUUCUAUCUAGUCCUAUGGAGCACGAAGGUUGGACUUAGUCCCAAAGGGCUAAGUCACGUAGUAACCUUGGUGGGCUUUGCUAAGACCACCA